CGCCCUCCCGGCAGCAUGACACCUGCGGCCCCGCUCCACCUGCUGCUGCUCUGCCUGCUGAGCGGCCGCCGGCUGCGCGGGGAGCCCGGGCAAGGCGCGGGCACCUGGGCUCGCUUCGCCCGCCUGCCCUACCCGGAGGACGAGCUCUUCCUCUACGACACCUUCCCCGCGGGCUUCCUGUGGGGGGCGGGCAGCGCCGCGUACCAGGCCGAGGGGGGCUGGCGCCAGGGCGGCAAAGGCGCCUCGGUGUGGGACACCUUCGCGCACCGGGCGGCGCCGGCCGGCGCCCGCCAGCCCCAGCCGCUGCCCUCGGCGCCCGCCGGCGGGGACGUGGCCAGCGACAGCUACAACAACCUCUUCCGCGACACGGAGGGGCUGCGGCGCCUGGGCGUCUCCCACUACCGCUUCUCGCUCUCCUGGGCGCGCCUGCUGCCCAACGGCACCGCGCCCCCCAGCCCCGCCGGCCUGGCGCACUACGGCCGCCUGCUGGCCCGCCUGCGGCAGCUGGGCGUGGAGCCCGUGGUGACCCUCUACCACUGGGACCUGCCGCAGCGCCUGCAGGACGCCUACGGGGGCUGGGCCAGCCCGACCCUGGCCGAGCUGUUCCGGGGCUACGCCGGGCUCUGCUUCAAGCACUUCGGCGGCCAGGUCCGCUACUGGCUCACCAUCGACAACCCCUACGUGGUGGCCUGGCACGGCUACGCCACCGGCAGGCUGCCCCCGGGCGUCAAGGGCGGCCCGCCGCUGGGCUACAGGGCGGCGCACAACCUCCUCCAGGCCCACGCCAAAGUCUGGCAUCUCUACAAUGAUCAUUUUCGUCCAACUCAAGGAGGCCAAGUGUCCAUUGCCCUCAGCUCCCACUGGAUAAAACCUCAAGCUAUGACUGAACAAGACAUACAAGAAUGUCAAAAAUCCCUUGACUUUGUGUUGGGCUGGUUUGCUAAACCCAUAUUUAUUGAUGGUGACUACCCUCAGAGCAUGAAGAGUAACCUCUCAUCUCUGCUGCCUGAAUUCAGUGAUGCAGAGAAGAAGUAUAUCAAGGGAACAGCUGACUUUUUUGCUCUUUCUUUUGGAGCAACACUGAGUUUCCAGCUCUUGGACUCUCAGAUGAAAUUCCAUCAGUUGGAAUCACUAAGCCUGAGGCAGCUCCUUUAUUGGAUAAGCCGUGAAUAUAACAAGCCCAAAAUAUUCAUUGUGGAGAACAGCUGGUUUGUCUCUGGUAGCACCAAGCGAGAUGAUGCCAAGUAUAUUUAUUAUCUCAAGAAGUUCAUUAUGGAAACUUUAAAAGCCAUCAGAUAUGAUGAAGUUGAUGUCUUUGGGUACACCGUUUGGUCCCUCAUGGAUGGCUUUGAAUGGCAUAGAGGAUACAGCAUUAGACGUGGAUUAUUUUAUGUUGAUUUUCAAAGCCACGACAAGAAGUUUUUGCCAAAGUCUUCAGCUUUGUUCUACCAAAAGCUAAUUGAGAGAAAUGGCUUCCCGCCUUUACCUGAGAAUCAACCCAUAGAUGGGAAGUUUCCCUGUGACUUUGCUUGGGGAAUUGUUGAUAACUACGUUCAGGUAGACACAACCCCCACCCAAUUCCUUGACACUAAUGUAUAUGUGUGGGAUGUUCACCACACUAAGAAACUUAUUAAAGUUGAUGGAGUUGCUACCCCAAAAUGUAAGCGUCACUGUGUUGACUUUGCUGCCAUCAGGCUCCAGAUCUCGCUGCUGCAGGAAAUGCAUGUCACACAUUUUCAUUUUUCACUGAAAUGGUCUUUGAUUCUCCCUUUGGGUAACCUGUCUCAAAUCAACCACACAUUCUUGCACUAUUAUCAGUGUUUUGUUAGUGAACUUCUCAGAGUUAAUAUAACUCCUGUUGUAGCUUUAUGGCAACCUAUGGCUGACAACCAAGGGCUUCCUGUUGUGCUAGCCAAAUAUGGAGCCUGGGAGAACCCAGAGACUGUUCAAGCCUUUGUUGAGUAUGCCAAGCUCUGCUUCAAAAGUCUGGGCCACCAUGUCAAAUUUUGGAUUACAAUGAAUGAACCCUAUGUGAGGAACCUGACAUACUCUGCAGGGCAUAAUCUGUUGAAAGCCCAUGCUAAAGCCUGGCACCUGUAUGACAAAGAAUUUAGAAGAUCUCAGAAAGGUAAAAUAUCUAUAGCUCUGCAAGCCGAUUGGGUAGAGCCAGCCUGUCCUUUUUCCAAAAAUGACCAAGAAGUUGCUGAUCGAGUUCUAGAAUUUGACAUUGGCUGGCUUGCUGAGCCCAUCUUUGGGAACGGUGACUAUCCACAUGUGAUGAGAAAAUGGCUUCACCAAAGAAACAGCAUUGAUUUAUACAAUUUCCACUUGCCUUAUUUCUCUGAAGAAGAAAAGAAAUUAAUCCAAGGCUCAUUUGAUUUUUUUGCCUUAAGUCAUUACACCACUAUUCUUGUGGACUGGGAAAAAGAAGAUGCACUGAAGUAUGAUCACUAUCUUCAAGUUCAAAUGAUAAAAGACAUCACAUGGCUGAACUCCCCAAGCAGAGCCGCUGUGGUGCCCUGGGGACUGCGCAAAAUGCUCAAGUGGGUUAAAUCCAAGUAUGGGGAUGUCCCAGUUUAUAUUACAGCCAAUGGAAUUGAUGAUGAUCAGAAUAUGGCUCAAGAUAAACUGAGAGUAUAUUACAUACAAAAUUAUAUCAAUGAAGCUUUAAAAGCAUAUACCCUGGAUAAUGUCAAUCUACGGGGAUAUUUUGUCUAUUCUUUUAAUGACAGGACUGCUCCCAAAUACGGCCUCUAUCGUUACAUUGCUAAUCAGUAUGAGCCGAAGCCUUCCAUGAAACAUUACAGAGGAAUAAUUGACAAUAAUGGUUUUCCCAGUUCAGAAACUCCUGAUAGACUGUGCCCAGAAAUGCUUGUCUUGUGCCCUGAAUGCAACCUUUUCCAAACCAGAAAAUCUUUAUUAGCUUUUAUAUCUUUUAUAUUUUUUGCUUUUAUUUGUACUGUAUUCUUCAUUAUUUACUACUCUAGGAGGGUUGAAAGAAGGUAUAAAUAGUGCUGCCCCUUCGCAUCCAGCACUCGCUACUCCUUCAUCUGCAUUCCCUUGGGAAUUCUGAAAUAAUGGCACACAAGGUUGUAAUCACUUCAAUACUAGGGAACCAUUUGCACUUUAUAAUACUGUGAAGCACUGAAGUUGAAAAUGGAUUGUGAACAUAGGGCCCUGAAAUCCUUCUCUGUGUUUUAAUACUUCUGGUUUAUGACAGAUCCUUGAUUGUUGUCAUCAAAUUUAUCUCAGAACUUUGAUUGAGGCCCUUUAUUUGGGCAGGUUUUUUUCCACUCGGGCAAGGGUAUUUUUAAAAAAGGCCUACAAUUAGCCUGAUGGUGGAGACACAAACAAAGAUAUUAACUUAGAUGUAUAUUGGGUUCGGUUUUAUUUUAAGACAUAUAGUAGUGGAAAACUACAGAUGUGGAGUUCUCAGAGUGAAAGAUUGAUGAGAAACAAAAUAAACCAUCUCCCCAAACCAGGUGUUAUGGCACCUGAUACAAAACAAACACAUGAUUUAAAUGAUCAGGAAAGUAGAGACUCAACAACUGUAUGCACCAAAAGGGAAAGGAGAGUCUUCUUGCUAAAGCAGAGGACAGGGAGUGAAGAGAUUGGGAAUUUUUUCCCUGCUGUGCUGGUGACUUUGGGUAAAUCACUUAACUGCAAAGCAGGCUGCUGGUCCCACACUCCCUACCUGCUCUGUCCCUAUUGGUGCUGUCACCCUGCCAGUCUACUGCCCUGGCUCCAUGCUGUGGAGCGUGACCUAGCUCCACCUUGCUGUGUCUAACCUGACAAAUCCAUCGGGAAACAGCAGCAAGGGGAAUUGACUCCUGUUUGGAGGGCAGUAAAGGUGGUUCCUGGCAAAGGGUAGGCAGUGUUUAAUUUAUGCCAGGGCUUGCCAGGGCUGAGCCCCGGCACCUCUGGGCUUGGCAGUUCCUAGCCCUGGCACCUCUGGGCUCGCUGUGUCAGUUAUGAAAAUAAAAAAAUUGCUUGAACCCUGACACCUAAUUGCUUGAGCUCCGGCACCUCUUCCAUUACAAAUUAAGCACUCGGGGGUAGGGUCCAGGCCUUGGAGAUGUGGGAUAGUUAAAGAGGAUUAAAGGGUCUUAUUUUGUUUGGUGAGGGGGGAGAGUAGUAAUUGUGAAGGAUCUGGGGUGCUCCCAGUUGACAAAUGGGAGAACUGCACUGACCUUUGCCGUGCUUGAUAGCAGGAAACUGUAUGUCUUAUGGAGGUGCAGAGGGCAAAUAUAGCGUGGACCCAUACCACCACCUAGUAACCAGAACCUUUUCCUCCUACUUGUGCACCUUCCCCCAACAAUUAAAAAACAAAACAGGCAAUUAACCAUUUCCCAGGUUCCCAUUGGUUAGCAAACUGUGGAAUGAUUUGAGGAAGGGCUUUGUUUGAGUUUGAAUUAUGUUGGGUCUGGAGGCUUUAAGCCUUUAAAUUUCACACCUCUACCCAGGCAACCUGCUGCCUUGUUUGCCAAGAAUUUAAGUAUUGCACCCCUUGCUUUUGAAACUCACUCAUUUAUUCUCUAAGAGCUUGACCCAACUCCCAUUAGAGUCUUUUCCAUGGAUUGUAAUGGGAAUUGGAUCAGGCCUUGAUAGCACUCAGAUCCAGAAAUACCAUUGAAAGUCUGAGCGACUUUCCCUUCUCUCUCAAUGGAAUAAAUUAGCAAAAAAAGCAACACUGUUUAUUAAUAGAAUCAGUAUAUUAGGAGCCCAUUCUGCAUAAUGCAGAACAGUGAUUGUUUUCUCUAUCUCCGUGCUUGCAUUGUCUUCAGAUGCAUUUAUGCUUCUAUUUCCAUAUUGCCACGUGAGUUAUGUUAAUCACAGGAGAGGAUUUUUUAAUCUAAUAUGCUCUGUGUAAAUUAUAAGUAGUUUAUCUAGCAGAAGCUGAUGUUGCUGUAUUGAAUGUGAAUGUUUAUCUACUGUAAAUUGAAAUUUAUUUGUGAAACAUGCCUACUUUCAUUUGCAAACUAAAUUACAUUUCUUUCCUAUUUAGGUUAUGUAGCGAAAUAGAAAAUGAUUAUUGUUCAGUCAUAGUGAUUAAUAUGUUUGUAUUUUAGUUUCAGACUUACAAGAGUCUCCAUUUGCACUAUAUAUAUAUAUAUAUAUUUUGCUAUGAGGAUUCAGGUGACAAAUUCGGGGUAGGUGAUAAAGUAUAGAAAAUGUAUAUUAGCCUGGAAAGGUUUGCUGAAGGAGAAUAUAUUUUCAAACUUUACUGUGUGUCAUUUCUACGUUUAACUGCUGCCAUAUGGUGCUACAUGGACUGUAAUACAAAAAGACAGUUCUUAAUGAAUACAUGGAGAGCUAUUUAGAUUUCUCCAUGUCAUUGUAAAGAGUCACCUAUUUACAUAUUUAAUGUAUAGCUUACUUCAUGGUGUCAGGUGGAAAACUCAACUGAUGGUGAAAAGGACAAUAUUUAAUAUAUACAUGGCCAAAUAUAUCUACGUGCUAGUUUUCCUUGCUAUAACUAUGCUAGAAUCAUAAAUACUGGGCCUGAUUUUUAGAGUAGAUGAGCAUGUGCAGCUCUCACUGACUGCAUUGUGUGUGUGCAUGUGCUGAGCACCUCUGAAAAUCCUAACCCAAACCAAGUAUUUUAUAUUCCUUCGCUCUUCCCCACUGGUUGGCUAUUUAAAUGUGUAUUUAACAUGCGACUAUUUCACUACCUAGGAAUGAUCAAUGCAUUACUAUCUUGAGCUAGUCAUUUGUAAAGCCACAUUUUGAAAUGUUGGGGGCAGUGGGAGGCCUGAAGCGAGAAUGCAUGAAACCUGCAUGCACAUCGAGGGGGAUGUAAAUAGAGCAGCAAAAAGAUGGCAGGGGACAUGUCUGUUCCAUUUAUCUGCAUCAGUGAUUGCACCAAUGGUGCAAUAACUGCAACAACUUGUAAUAACACCUGCACCAUAAAAAAAACAACAACCUAUUUCCUAAACUGCAUUUAUACAGAGCAAGACACUCAGGAUGGACCAGACAUAGUAAGAAUGUAUAAAGUCUGCUCACAAGUAGUAAUAGGAUAAAUGUGUUUGGUGUGGACUGGACUAAGUAUAGGAUUGUUUAGAGUUCCAUGGUUAGGUUGGCAUUUUGCCAGAUGAUCCUGCUGUGCCAUUUUAAAAAUCACCAUGGUGAAAAUUUCCACCUCUGAAAUCAGUAGAGGCCGAGCACCAUUAAAACAAAUUAAUUGAUCAAGUAUCUGCAACCAUUGCAGGUUCUUCCGAUACUUAGAUUAGGUGAUACUGUAGUCAGUGAGCGCUAAAUGUUGAGUUUUCAAAUGGUGCUUACUGACUAGCUAGUGUAAGUAAAUCAGGGAUUCAUUACAGUGACGUAAGAGAAACAUUAUCCCAUACAAUAAUGCUGCCGGCACCUGUAGAAAUAAUACAGCCUUUUGUGCUCUUACUUUCAAAACUGACUUUAAAUAUCACUGAAGAACACUGACCUCAUGUAUUCAAUAUAAAUAUAUGCAGAAAUAUUUCCCACAAUAUCCUAUCUACUUCAGUACCAUGUGCAGGCUGUUUUAAAACUGAACAAUCUCUUUUUAAUAAGACAGGAGUGUCCAAAGGAAAGUUUUUGGCCAAAUAACACCUUGCGCUUAUAAAGUGCUUUACCUUUUCAGAACACUGUACAAAUCUGAGUGAAUUAAUUCUGCACCUUUAACAUGGCGCGGUGGCCCAAGCAAACUACAGGUUGAUUUGCUCGAGCACAUGCCAGGGUAUAGAUUCAGCAGUCUCCUUCAUUUUAUGGACAUUAGGAGCAGUUCUCAGACUCCUUGAAAACUGCCAAACUGGCCCUUCAGUGGUCUAAGAUUGGACACCACUCCCCUAAGGCUUGCGUAACAUUUGCACUGUGCUCCUGCAGACUGAUUCAGCUCCUCCUCAGUAAUCAGGGUGUGGUACAGAUGGCAUUUUUUCGCUUUCAGUAUUUAUUUGUAAAUGGUGAUUUAACACUCUUCUGUGAAGAGAGCAUCCAUAGUAGCUUGUGCCAUGACUGGACAGCAACCAGAUUUUAAUUUUUAAACAACAGAACACUAUUAUAAAAAUAGAGUGAGAUCUAAACAUAGCAUAAUUUAGUUUUGAAAAUUAACAAGCUUUCGCAUCUGAGAUAGUUGGUGUUAAUAGGCUUGUGAAAUGCAUAUGCUCAUGUUGUUUUUAACUAUGCUAAUGGAAUGUACAUUAUUGCCAAUUUACUGAAAGUUGCAGCUCUAACACUGUUGUAAAAUAUGAAAUUAUAUUUUGAUUCAAAAUAUUUUUGUGAUAUAGGUGGAAAUCUGCUGUUUUUAUUUCCUGGGGCAGGCUCUAAAGAAUGAAUGCUAAUAGAAAGAAUUUGCAAAACGUA